AAAACAAAGACAGUUAGCCCAACGUUACCAUGACCUGCAAAUCCCUCCAAGUCAACGUCGUGAGAAGUUAAGAGAUGCCCUUCCCUCGGACACAUCUUUGCAGCUUGAAUAUGGUGACUAUAGUGAGCUGAUGAAGUUACUAGUCGAUUUUUGUAGAGAUUUUAAAGCACAUUCGCUUAACCAAAUUGAAUCAGAAAUGUGGCAUCAGUAUGCUGAAAGCUUCACUACUGGCCACUCACAAAGAUGCCUUCAGGUUAUGGGUUGAAGAUAAGAACCCUGUUGUUGAAAAGUAUAUUGGGUUUAUAGAGUCAUACCGUGAUUCCCUUGGCGUUCGUGCAAAGUUUGAGUCAUUUGUCGCUGUUGUAAAUAGAUCAGUGUCUAAAAAAUUCCAACGUCUUGUGAAUAAUGCUGAAAGGUUGUUAACAAAUUUACCAUGGCCUUCUACAUUUGAAAAAGUUAAUUUCUUACAGCCAGACCUUACUAGUUUGGAUGUAGUUACGUUUGAAACUUCUGGAAUUCCUGUUGGGACUAAUAUUCCUAACUAUGAUGAUGUACGACAAGUUGAUGGAUUUAAAAAUGUUUCUUUGAAUAAUGUACUUAGUGUUCGUCUCGAGGAUCCUAAACCAGAAUUUCU